UUGUGAGAUCACAUCCUCGCAUGCACUGCAGUCGAACAGCGAAUCGACUUUAGCUACUGCUAGCUACUUCACCCAAGCUUACCCAUAUUUCCGACCAAAGGAGCCGAUUUCCGAUUUAAGGAUCGUGUAUUAAAAAAGACGGAGGUCCGACCGAAGUUUGCGUUCGUAAAGCGUGAGCGAGUCCGCUAGCAGUAAGAGAAACAUGGGCUGUACUUAGCAGAUCCCCCAUCUUUGAGGGUUUUUCGGUUUUUGUUAUCUGCGCUUUUGGAAUUACCCAUCGGAGUGUACCACUGCAAUCGAGUCCAUAACAUAAACUGGCAACAAUGUGGGAGAGGAACGACUACGACGAUUACGACUCUUACAAAAUAGGUUCUGGCGCCCCUUCUCCAGGAUGGGUCCCGGGGUGCGAGUCCGCGUGGCAGGGCGGGGCCUCCUCGGCCAGCAGCAGCAGUAACCGCGGGCGACGGCACAGCACCGCCUCCGACAGCGGCGACACCGGCAUCGGAACGUCCUGCUCUGACAGCGUGGAAGAUCACUCCAGCUCCAGCGGCACCCUGUCCUUCCAGCCCCUGCGGUCCCAGGCCCUCAUCCCCACGGCCCACGUCAUGCCCUCCCCGUCCCCCUCCAGCUCCAAACUGAGCACCCCGCCGGCGGGGGGUUCCUGGAGCGCCUGCCCCCUGCCUGGAGGCCUGGAGGCCCCGCUGGACAUGAAGGACCCCCGGCCCGUCCGCCGCUGGUCGUCCCUGACGCGGCUGAGCGGCGCGGGCCUGGACAAGGGCAGCCCCGUGGGGCGGCCGGCGUACAGGGGCGACGUGCACGGCUCCCUGGACAGGGGCCUCCUCUUCGGCUACCGCUCGGAGCACCUCCAGCACGGCUCGGACAGCUCCCUGGGACUCCACAGGCUGGCGUCGUCCGCCUCCGAGCCCAGGUACAGGUACGACCUGUGCGGGAAGGCGGAGCCCUCCGGGCCCUCCCCUCUCAAGCCCAACACCUUAGACCUGACCUACAGUGCCUUACCCGAGAGCAAGCCCCUGGCCGCGGGGCACCAGUCGCCCGGGCAGAGGGGCCUGCCCCUGGGACACCCGCAGGCCGUGGGGGGGUCCCCCAUCCAGCCAGCCGUCAGGACUCAGAUGUGGCUGAGCGAGCAGAUGCACUCCAACCCUGUCGAGUACCGGGCGGGGCCAGAACUGUGUGGACACGCCCCCUGGCAACAGGAGCAGCAGCAACGGGAGCGACUGAGGCAGGAGGCCGAGCUGGCACAGACACUAGGUGGCGCUCCCCUUCCCGUGAACACCCUGGUGAAGAUCAAAGAGGGCCUCCUGAGACAAAGAGAGCUGGAGAUUGACAGGCAAAAGCAGCAGAUCUUGCAGCUCCACGCCAGAAUCAGGGAGAAUGAGCUGAGAGCGCAGCAAGUCCUCCAGGGCCACAGGGGUCGCUGUGAGGACACCUACCUACUCCCUGCUAAGGAGUCUCCAUACAACAGCCCAGGGUCAGUGAGCCAGCUGUCCGACAGGGCCAUUCCUCUGUGCUGUGAGAAUGGAGAGCUUGGCCGCAAACUAGCAGCCGCUGAGCUGGAGGUCAUCCAUCUAAACGAGUUCCUCAAACAGAACACCCAGAAGUACACCGAGGACAUCAAGAAGCUGGAGGAGAAGAUGAAGACGCGUGACCGCUACAUCAGCAGCCUGAAGAAGAAGUGCCAGCGUGAGAGCGAGCAGUGCCAGGAGAAGCAGCAGCGCGUGGAGACGCUGGAGAAGUACCUGGCCGACCUGCCCUCGCUGGACGAGGUCCAGAGCCAGGCCCAGCAGCUGGAGGAGGUCCAGGGGAAGGCCCAGGCGCUUCAGGAGAAGGUGGCCCAGCUGGAGCAGAGUCUGGCGGAGAGCAAUACCCUGCUCCAGGAGAAGGAGGCUAUCAUUGCGAGCCAGGCCAAGAGGGAGAAGGAGCUGGUGGCAACAGUGCAGAGCCUGCAGGAGAAGGUGGAGAAGUGCCUCGAGGACGGAGUGCGGCUGCCCAUGCUGGACCUGAAGCAGCUGGAGAGAGAGAACGGCCGGCUGCAGGAGCAGCACACGCACGGCUGCCAGCUGAUAGACAAUCAGAAGAAGCAGAUUGAAAAACUCACUCUGGAAUUAACGGCUGCAGAGAAGAGACUGCUGAAGGAGAAGAGUGUCUCUCAGGACCUGCGUGAGCGGCUGCAGGAGAAAGACCAGCACCUGGAGACCCUCUCCAAAACCCUCCAGGAGAACCAAAGACGGGUGGAGGAGGGGGUGGUGGCGCCGGGUCCCGGCAGCCCCGCGGUGGAGGUGGCGCCACUGCUGAAGGAGAUGUCCCUGUGCCUGCUGGACCUGAAGGCCCUCUGCAGCAUCCUCACCCAGAGGGCGCAGGGCAAGGAGCCCAACCUGGCCCUGCUGCUGGGCAUCAAGUCGAUGAGCUGCUCCGGCGAGGAGAACGAGAGGCCGCCCUUGGAGGACGGACUGCGUGCGAAGCUCUCGGAGGUGCGGCAGCUGAGAAAGGACGUGGACGACCUGCGGACUGUCAUCUCCGACCGCUACGCGCAGGACAUGGGGGACAGCUGCAUCACGCAGUGACGCGCCCGUCGCGACGGGGGGGGGACCUGCCGCCCUCCGGCACUAGCCACGCCCCUCCGCUCUGGAAUCUCGCUACAAAGCUAGUCCUUGCGUAGGGGGCAGGGCAACCGGGGGCGGGGCCGUGUUUUUAAAGAAGGGAACGAGAGAGAGAGAGAGAGAGGGAAGCGGCACAGACUGUGCAGAAAGGCAGAAGGCUUCUCUCAGAACUCUCUCCAACUACUGAAUGUAGGACCAAGCUGUGAAUCCAGUUUACAGGGAAGAGUGCUCCUAUUUCUGACUGUCAGUGUUAAUGCCUUCUUCCCCCAGCGGGUGUUUUAAAGAUAAUCUUCAGUGUGUGAGUGUGUGUCCGUUCUCUCCCGCGGAUCUGUUCAGACAAAAUUUGCCAGAAUGGAUGGAUAUUUAUUUAAGCCUUUGGAAGUCCUCCCUGCUCGCCCUGACAGAGGCGUGUCAGACUCCGCCCCCCGGCUGUGACAGGUUCUCUGGGGAGUCUGUGACCCCUCCUCCUCUGCCCUCAUUGGCCUCUGAUAAACUGGCUCUCAGUGCUGCUUUUUCAAGUGCCUCAUGAUUUUACACGUUUGCUGUCCUGCUUUCCUACCCCAUCGUUUGCAGAACCCCUCGUUCUCUCUCAGUAACUGUCAGGGUUUGAACCCAAAGAUGCAAGGUAGCUCACUCUCUCUCUCUCUCUCUCUGCGCAAUCCACUGAGUGACCGUCGCAGGUCGACAUCACCAGGUGGUACAUCUCUUCCCAGCAGGACGACGACCGCAAGGAAAUGUGGCUGCUGGUCUGUCCCUUCAACGCCUGUCAUUUCAACAUUUCAGGUUCAGCGGUAGUCGUAUUCUUGCCUCUUUUUUACAGUGUGUGUUUGCGUAUGUGUGCGUGUG